AUGAGGCUCCGUUCGGGAUGCGGCCGCUUUCAGGUGCUGUGGGCUGCUGUGGCCGUCUCCAUGGCCCUUGGCUUCACCCUCCAGCUCUUGGGAGCCUCCUUGCAGAAACGGCUCUUCCCCUGCAGGCUGCUUCCCGUGCCCUGGGUCCCUGCAGCCCAAGCCGAGGAGGAGGAGGAGGAGGAAGAAGCCGCUCCUCCCAGCCCACCUGCCCCCUGCCAGCCACGCAAACACCUGGUCUUCCUGAAGACGCACAAGACGGGCAGCAGCACCAUAGUCAACCUCCUGCAUCGCUUCGGGGACGCACAGGGCCUGCGCUUUGCUCUACCAGCUCGCUACCAGUUCAGCUACCCCAGCCCGUUCCAGGCCCGGCGGGUGAAAGGAUGGCACCUCAAGGGGCACCCCUUUGACAUCCUGUGCCACCACAUGCGCUUCAGACUGCAAGAGGUCCAGAAAGUCGUGCACCCUGACAGUUUCUACUUCUCUAUUGUGCGGGACCCAGUGGCCUUGGCAGAAUCGGCCUUCUCUUAUUACCGGGGCGUGGCACCUGCUUUCCGCCGUGCUGGCACCCUUUCUGACUUCCUGGCAUCCCCACACCACUUCUACCAGCCUGGGGAGCGAGGCAGCCACUAUGCCCGCAACCUGCUCUGGUUUGACUUCGGCCUGGACCCACCCACCAGCCCUGGCUCAGCUGCGAUCAAAGCCACUCUUGAAGAACUGGAGCACAUCUUUCAUCUCGUGCUGCUCACAGAACACAUGGACGAGUCGCUGGUCCUCCUGCGCCAUGCCCUCUGCUGGACCCUGGAUGACGUGGUGGCUUUCAGCCACAACCUGCGUAGCCCAGGGUCUGUGUCUGCGCUGGAGCCCAGCAUUGCUGCCCGACUGCGGGCCUGGAACUACCUCGACUGGCAGCUCUACACCCACUUCAACCGCACCUUCUGGGCCCGGGUGGAGCACUUUGGCUAUGCCCGCAUGGCCCGGGAGACAGCUGUGCUCCAGAAGCGCCGGGCAGAGCUGAUGCAGCAUUGCUUGCAGGGUGGGGGUCCCCUGGAGCCGGGAAACAUCACCGAUGAGCGCGUUCGCCCCUUCCAGUUUGGUCAGGCUCCGAUCCUAGGCUAUGCCCUGCGGCCUGGCCUGGCUCCCCAAGACCAGGGUGUGUGCCUGCGUAUGGUCACCCCUGAGCUCCAGUACAAGGACCUCCUGGAUGCCAAGCAGUUUCCUGCACCCCCCAGGCCAGGCAACGGCUCCCAGCGGCUCCUUGGGGCAGUGAGGUAG